AUGUCUGUCAACCCCCGCAAGAGAAAGGUAGUGACGCGCCCGGCGCCUGAGCCAAGUGACUCCGAGGACGAAUUGGGAGAAGGACUGCUCGAUGGCAUCUUGUCGCAUUCCGAGGACGACUCGGACGACAGCCAAGAUGGAGAUGCCGAUACCGAUGCCAGCAGUGUGAUUGAGGGCCUUUCAGAUGAAGAUGAAGAGGAGGAUGAUGAAGAUAGUGACGCAGAGCAGAUCCGUGAGGAAAUGCGCAAUUUGAAUACCUCAGAUGUUCCGUUGCGCAAGAAGAAUGGAGUACCGACGCACGAAAUGGAUCUGGACGUGAACGGUGGCGCAACAGGCGAACUGGACGACGAUGAAGACCUCAAGCCCAACUACACUGUCACUACCGAUGCGCACGGCAACACUCGCUACAUCUACAAAGAAAUCGACCCAAUUUACGAGUCAGACGACUCUGACGUCGAAGCUACGAACACGAUCGGAAACAUCGACCUCAAGUACUACGAUGAAUACCCGCAUAUUGGCUACGAUAUCAACGGCAAGAAGAUCAUGCGCCCGGCGAAGGGAGAGGCACUGGAUGCGCUGUUAGACAGUAUCGACAUACCGAAGGGCUGGACAGGUUUGACGGAUCCUCAGACAGGAAAGCCGCUGAAUCUGUCAGAGGAGGAGCUACAGGUACUCAAGAAGCUCACAAGGAAUGAGGUCGUUGAGGACGGAUAUGACCCAUACCCAGAGAUGGUUGCCUACUUUUCUGGCAAGCAGGAGAUUAUGCCGCUGAGCGCUGCACCAGAGCCCAAGCGACGUUUCAUUCCCUCCAAGCACGAGGCGAAGCGCGUCAUGAAACUCGUCAAGGCAAUUAGAGAAGGCAGAAUCCAGCCAUACAAGGCACCUGAGGAGCAGGAAGAAGAGCAGGAUGUUUUCACCUUCGACGUAUGGGCGGACGAGAAGCCACGACCAGACAACUCAAUGCACAUUCCCGCCCCUAAGCUGCCACCGCCUGGCUACGAAGCGAGUUAUCACCCACCGCCCGAGUAUCUGCCGGAUAAGGCUGAGGAACAGGCGUGGUUGGAACAAGACGAAGAGGACCGAGAGAAGGACUUUUUGCCCAAAAACUACGAUGCAUUGCGCAAGGUUCCUGGAUACGAGACAUUCGUCAAGGAACGAUUUGAGCGAAGCUUGGAUCUCUACUUGGCUCCUCGUAUUCGAAGGAACCGACUCAACAUCGACCCUGAAUCACUGCUACCUAAGCUACCAAAUCCUGAAGAGCUGAAGCCCUUCCCAACCACUUGUGCUGCAAUUUUCCGCGGACAAGAAGGACGCGUCCGCUGCGUGUCAAUCGAUCCAAACGGUAUCUUUGUUGCGAGCGGAGGUGACGAUGGCUACGUGAGGAUCUGGGAGAUUUUGACCGGUCGCCAAGUCUGGAAUGCAAAGCUGUCAGAUGAAGAAGCUGUGGACGCCGUACAAUGGAGGCCUACCAAGGAUGCGGCCGUCGUUGCUGCCGCUUGCGGCGAGAACGUCUACCUGAUCGUACCUUUCACGCUUCUUUCACCGGACAUAGAGCAAGCUAGUCGCGAGGUUCUCGACGCAGGUUGGGGUUACGCAACGUCAAAGCCUAAAUCGACAGACGGCGAGGCACCUAAACAAGCACCGGGCAAGUGGAGCCGUCCAGGAGCUCGUCUUGAGAACAAGGGCGUUCUCGUUCAAGUUGAAGUCCGAUCAGCUGUCAAGAUUGUCAACUGGCACCGAAGAGGAGAUUACUUUGCCACAGUCUCGCCUCGCGGUCAAAGCACAGCAGUGGCCAUCCAUACCGUCUCGAAACAUCUCACUCAACUCCCCUUCCGUCGCCUCAAGGGUAUCGCACAAACAGCACAAUUCCACCCCUCCAAGGCCAUCUUCUUCGUCGCUACCCGCAACACCAUCCGCAGCUACGAUCUCGCGAAGCAAGAACUUGUUAAGAUCUUGCAACCAGGUGCCAAGUGGAUCUCGUCUAUUGAUGUGCAUCCCGGUGGUGAUAACAUCAUCGUCGGAACAUACGACAAGCGUCUCCUCUGGCACGAUCUCGACCUCUCCAACAAACCCUACAAGACUCUUCGUUUCCACAAGGAGGCUAUCCGUGCAGUACGUUUCCAUCAAGGCGGUCUACCUCUCUUCGCCGAUACCUCCGACGACGGCACCAUCCAGAUUUUCCACGGAAAGGUUGUAGGAGACCUGAUGGAGAACGCAACUAUUGUUCCCUUGAAGGUAUUGAAAGGACACAAGGUCAAGAGCAGGUUGGGUGUUAUGGGUCUCGACUGGCAUCCCAGAGAGCCAUGGUGUGUAUCGGCUGGUGCGGAUGGAACACUGAGGCUGUGGAGCUAG